AUGCCAACACUAGUUUCGGCCGACGAGUUCACCGUCGGCUGGGUCUGCGCCCUGCCGAUCGAGCUCGCUGCUGCAGCCGAGAUGAUGGACGAGGAGUUCGCCGACCUCCCCCCUUGCGCAACCGACUCCAACAUCUACACCUUGGGCCGAAUCGGCACCCACAACGUCGUCGCGGCCUGUAUGCCAGCCGGCCAGAUGGGCACGAACCAGGCAGCCAUCGUCGCGAGCCAGAUGAAGUCGAGUUUUCCCUCGUUGCGGUUCAACAUCCUUGUCGGUAUCGGAGGCGGGGCCCCGGACCUAGAGGACGGUAAUGACGUUGACAUCCGCCUCGGGGACGUCGUGAUUAGCCAGCCGGCGGGUCAACACGGCGGCGUAGUCCAAUACGACUUCGGCAAGACGGGAGCGGGUGGCGUGCUCGCGCGUGUGGGAAGUUUGAACGCGUCGCCCGAAAUCCUUCUCAAGGCUUUGGCUAAGCUACGAUCAAACGAUUUCCGUGGUAAAACCCGGAUCACGGAGCAUCUGGCCAAGUAUACCGACAACCCAAAGUUCAGAUCCCCUGGCCCUGAGAAAGACACGCUCUACAUGGCCGCUUCGACUCACGUCCCGGGACCGACAUGCCUAAAAUGCCGGCGAGACGAGGUAAUCCUCCGGGAAGCACGAGAGAGCACUGACCCGGUCCUCUUCUUUGGGACCAUUGCGUCCGGCAACCAAGUUAUUAAGGAUGGGAAAACACGCAAACGGCAUAGUCAGGAGCUUGGGGGCGUCCUGUGCUUCGAAAUGGAGGCAGCCGGUCUGAUGAACAACUUCCCGUGCAUCGUCGUCCGCGGCAUCUGUGACUACGCCGAUGCGCACAAGAACAAGAAGUGGCAGCCGUACGCCGCCGCCACAGCCGCCGCGUAUGCGAAGGAGCUGCUUCUGAUCGUGCCAUCGCUCGAGUCGGUUGCUGGCGAUUGGCAGAGGUCCUCUUCCGGCGGUCCAUUGGCGCUAGAACCGGCGCAGCGACCUAUGACAGAGCACCAGGGCGCGACCUUCAAUGGUCCGAUCACAGGCAGAAACGUACUUGCGGGGACUAGGAUGAGUGGGAACAACAAUUUGACCUUGUCAUAG